GGCCCUUCUCUUCUCUGGUGCUUGCCUGGUCUGCAGGGACCUCUUCCAGCAGUAAAUCCAAGGAUAGGACUGUUAUGCAAAAGCUAUAACCACUCAUUUAAGGUUAUUCGUUAGGCUGCAUUGUACAAACCUUACCUGCUAUUGACAGACAUCGUCAGAUAGGCACAGAUCGCCCAGGGCGUCGACUGGCCACCAAGCAGAGCAUCCAUUCAUCCUUUCAUUGGCAGCUGAGGUGCUCCAGUCAAGCUAGCUAGCGUUAGCCGAGAGGUAGUGGACAGCUGUGUCAGAGGGGAUCUUCAAAAUGUCGGGUUACCAAGGAAAGAAGAACAUUCCACGGAUCACAAGCGACCGUCUCCUCAUCAAAGGAGCAAAGAUAGUGAAUGAUGAUCAGUCAUUCUUGGCUGAUAUCUACAUGGAGGAUGGAGUCAUCAAGCAAAUAGGCGACAACCUCAUUGUUCCCGGGGGAGUUAAGAUCAUAGAGGCUCAUGGGAGAAUGGUGAUGCCCGGGGGCAUUGACGUGCACACCCGAUUCCAGAUGCCUGACCGAGGCAUGGUGUCAGCAGAUGACUUCUACCAGGGCACUAAGGCGGCCCUGGCUGGGGGGACCACUAUGAUCAUCGACCACGUGGUGCCGGAGCCUGGCGCCAGCCUGGUUGCAGCUUUCAAACAGUGGAGGGAGUGGGCUGAUAGCAAGUCCUGCUGCGACUAUUCCCUGCAUGUGGACAUCACCGAGUGGAACAAAGGCACCCAGGAAGAGAUGGAGGCCCUGGUGAAGGAUCAUGGUGUCAACUCUUUCCUGGUCUAUUUGGCUUAUAAGGAUGUUUUCCAACUUUCUGACUCUGAGAUCUAUGAGGUGUUCAGUGUAAUCAGGGACCUUGGAGCCAUUGCACAGGUGCAUGCUGAGAAUGGAGACAUCAUUGCGGAGGAGCAGAGACGUAUUCUAGACCUGGGGAUCUCUGGCCCUGAAGGACAUGUACUGAGCCGCCCUGAGGAGGUGGAGGCCGAGGCAGUCAAUCGAUCUGUCACCAUAGCCAAUCAGACCAACUGUCCCCUCUACAUCACCAAGGUGAUGAGCAAGAGUGCUGCUGAUGUCAUUGCCCUUGCCAGGAAAAGGGGUGCUGUCGUGUACGGAGAGCCCAUAUCUGCCAGCCUGGGCACAGAUGGAACCCAUUACUGGAGCAAGAACUGGGCAAAGGCAGCAGCCUAUGUCACUUCUCCACCGCUCAGUCCAGAUCCCACCACCCCCGACUACCUCAACUCUCUGCUGUCCUGUGGGGACUUGCAGGUAUCUGGUAGUGCUCACUGCACUUUCCAGACAUCUCAGCGUGCAAUAGGCAAAGAUAACUUCACCCUAAUCCCAGAGGGCACUAACGGCACUGAGGAGAGGAUGUCCCUUAUCUGGGACAAAUGUGUGGUGACUGGCAAGAUGGAUGAGAACCAGUUUGUGGCGGUGACCAGCACGAACGCGGCCAAGAUCUUUAACCUGUUCCCCCGCAAGGGCCGUAUCGCUGUGGGGUCUGAUGCCGACCUCGUGCUGUGGGACCCGGAUAUCACCAACAUCAUCUCAGCUAAGACCCACAACCUGGCUGUGGAGUACAACAUCUUUGAAGGCACAGAACUGCGCGGUGGUCCUGUGGUGGUGAUCAGCCAGGGCAAGAUUGUGCUGGAGGAGGGCAGCCUUCACCCUACGGAGGGCUGCGGUCGCUACAUCAGCCGUAAACCCUUCUCUGACCACGUGUACAAGAGGAUAAAGGCUCGCAGCAGGCUCACAGAGCUGCGAGGAGUCCCCAGGGGCCAGUAUGACGGGCCAGUGUGUGAGGUGACUGUGACUCCCAAGGUGAUGAGCACAGUCUCCUCAGUGAAGACUUCCCCUGCCAAGCAGCAGCAGCAGCAGCAGCAGCAGAUUACUCAGCAGCCAGUGCGCAACCUCCACCAGUCUGGCUUCAGUCUAUCUGGUGCCCAGGUUGAUGACAACAUUCCUCGUCGCAGCACUCAACGCAUCGUGGCUCCACCCGGUGGAAAAGCCAACAUCACCAGCCUCGGCUAGGCUCUUUCCUAAACUGAGCCGGGGAUGCAGGGCAACACGGGACCAGAGGCCACUCUUACCGCUGUCACAUCACAUCUGGUCACCUCUGACUCCCCCUGCACCCAACCCACAAGCACUCCAUCCAUUCUUAUUCACACAAUACCAUUAUGUCACUUUGUGCAACAAAAAAAGAGGAAAGCACUAUUCCAUACUGUUUCAUCUUUCCUGCCAUAUUCCAUUGUCAAGGAAGGAUCAAGUGAAUUGAAGCAGCUUUUUUUGCAUUUUUGUUUGAUUAUGGAUGAAAUUUAUUUGUUUACAUUUUUCUAUAAUUUUUGCUGUACAUGUUUGAGAUGUUAAGGUGCCCUCAUAGCUUAGAAAGUUGACAGAAAAGAAGGGGUCAGUUUCAUGAGCAGGCAUUUUAGAAACUGCAGGUGUUUACAAUUUUUCUCAAUGCGCUGUUCAUUUUAACAGAUAGAAGUUAGAAAGCGCUGGUGUUCUUGUUACUGCACCACCAUUAGGUGAAAAGUCUCCAUUGUCCAUUUUGUAACACUGUUACGCUGUAACGUUGCUGGUUUAGUACAAAAAUGUUACAUUUUUUGCCACAAAAAAAUACAAAUUUUUAAAGAUUGACUAAAGAACAUAGUAUCUGCAUCUCAACACCUAAUUCUAUCUGAAGUUUGCAGUAUUUGAUCUUUGUGUAGGUACUCUGUAAAACAGAACAAUUCACCUUGGUCCUCCUUUUGAUUUAUAGUUGCACUCUCUUUGUUUAAAAAAAAUAAUUGAUGUAUCUUUUUUAUCACGUUAUGUCAUUUUUGAAAGCGCUGACUGCACUGAAAGAAAAUUAAAGGAUAUUUUAAGGUUGAACUACUCAUUCAACUCCGCCCUGAAUAUUGGUGGGGGAGGAGAAAUGGCUGGCACGUAACAUUUUUGUCUGAGUCACAUGAACAUUUUACCUCAUCUCAUCAUUUAGUUUUUCCAUCAUGUUUGUUAAAAGGUUGUCAGGGCAACAAGCUUCCAAUAAUCAGACCUUUGUAUAUUGUUCAGGAUACAGACAGACACCACGAAGAAGCUAGAUGGGAGGUUUUGCUGACAACCUUCCUGCACCUGGUGCUAUAUGACCAUUGCUGUAUAUGUGCAGAUGAUGUCCACACCCACACAGCACUCACCAUUUACCCAGUUUUGACAAAAAUUUGUUUUGCACCCGUAACAAUCCAAAUGAUAAAAAUGUAUGUGAGCUUGCAACUUUUUAUUUGUAUUGGAUAUGUCUGUAUGUUUUAGGAUAUUUGUUUAAUCGAAGUACUUGCCUGCCUGUUCUGUAAGAUAUUGAUAGCACACUGUAUCCAUGAAGGCUCUUUAAGGAAGUGGAACCAUGAUCUUUGAGACCUGAUGAAAAAAUGCUUCGGUAUGUUUAUGAAAUCCCCAACAGUGUGUUGAUGAUGUGUCCUCUGUUCUCGGUGUUAGUGUCGUGAAUGAAUUAUCAGAUAUCCAGUUUCUCCUUUCUUACCCACUCUACCUGCCCAACACUGUCGACACCAGAUCCACUCGAGGUUUUAACCGUAUUCACUAAACCACAGCGGGUUGUCAGUUUCACGGCCCUGUGCGGCCAUACUGUAAAACACUGGUUUAUUUCUUCCUCAUUGCCUUGUCAAGUGUAGGUUUUGUAUGCAGAGCUAUAAUGUGAAGUGAUUUACAUUUGGGGAAGUGUCUUGGUGAUGGUUAUUGAGUUUUGAUGUUGAGCACUGUUGUUGCCCCUCUCCCAGCAAGUGUGAUACUCUCUCGGUCAUGUAUGUUUUUUAGGGUACCAGGGUUUUGGGGGGAAAUCAUCAGUCUUGUCGGCAUUUGACCCUAUCUGUGUUGACUUCAGUGGAUUAAAACAAUAAAAAGAAAAUG